UUUUGAUUAAAAUGGCACAGAAUUGCCCUGAUUAACACCCUUCAAAUCUCAUUUUCAAAGGAUAUAUUGGGAGAAAAAAUAAAAGUUGUUAUGUCCAAGAAGAGGUGCCUGAUUCUAGCUACUAUAGUGAGUGUAGGUGAAGGCAAUGUAUUCUAUCCCAGCUGUCAUCUCUGCUUCAGCAAACUGCUCAGUCUCGACACUAAAUGGUUUUGCUGUUCCAAGUGCAACAACAAGGUUUUGAGGCCAGAUGUAAAUCACAGGUACAGACUCUCUCUAGUCAUACAGCAGGACUCUUUUCAAGCCAAGGUUGUGCUGUUUGGCAAAUGUGUGCAGCAUUUCUUUGGUAUAAAUGCCAAUGGACUUCAAAGGUAUUUAUCCACGCUUGAAGAUGAACACCCAUCAGUAGACUGGAGUCAGGUGCUUAAAUCAUGUAUUGAUUGUGCCCUAGAAGGUGCUGUAUAUAUGUUUGGCUUCAAAACCAUGUGCUAUGCUGGACAGACAUUACAGGGACUUGUUGAAAGUGUUGGGGACCAGGACCCUAACAGUGUGAUUACUAAGGGUGCUAAUAGUUUGAUUGCUACCCAGGUGAUCACGACUGGAGGUUCUACAAAUCAAAACAUAUUUGAACACUUUAAAAAUAAUGUGGAAUCUCAGAUUCAACUUUCUUCUAACCCUACUCUCCCUGUUAGUCCACUUGAUUCAGAAACUCAUCAACAUAAACUUGUGCAAAGACAAGACUCCCACACUGGGUACAGCUUUAUGAAUCUACCAGGGGGAGAACUUAGCUGCGUAUCUGAUUAUGGAAGCUCACAAUCGCGUCAUAUUCUGGAAGAUUCCCUGCAAGUUAGCUGUGGUCACUCAGAUGAUACAUCCUCUAUUAGUGCCAGUAAUUAUAGUGAGAUAUCAGCGAGCAGUCCUGUUGAAACAUCCCUAAAUUAUAUUCAUGAUGGUGAUAUAACACAUGGACAAGAGGAUACACACCUCCAGGUGUCGGCUACUAGAAACAUGUGUCUACCUGAAUCAGCCAGAGAUGAUAGUGGAAAUAAGUCUGUAUUAUUUAGUUCAAUAAAUAGUCAAGCUGAUAAACUCGAGAACCAAAAUAACAAAAAGAUUGAGAUAGUUGGUAUGAAAAACACAAAGUCUUUCACAGGGAGUAGAAGCAAUACAACAGAACCUUUAACAUUAACAUGUGGUAAUGUUAGUGAAGAUAGACAUAAUGAACUUCAUAACGAUGAAGUAACCAUGGAGAUGCAUGAAGCAUCUUUUAGCUUAAACACUGCUGGAGGUUGUCAGUAUAGUGAAUUCACAAGAAACAAUCUUCAUUCGGAUACAUUCAGUGACAUAUCUGAUUUCAGCAUCAGUGACUCAGUUUUAAUUCAGAUGGACCAUCCUGGUGUAACCAUAGCAACAGAAUUCAACAAUGAAAAGUCUGUUUCCAUAGCGCAGGAAUCAUCAUUCAUGGAACCCAUCGAAAUUGUUAGAAAGGAAUCCACUCAUCAAAGUUUAAUCCAGCUUAAUUUUAGUCAGACUAUAAAUGAGAAAAACAAUGACAAAUCCCAAUGUGUAAAUUCAGAAAUGUCUCUAUUGAUGGACAAAGAAAGUAGAACAAAAGGAGGAAAUGUUAAUUCUUCACUGACAAGCAAUAAACAAGGGACCAUGUAUAGUUAUUAUAUAAAAGGAAUAAAUAUGAGUGCUUGGGAUGAAGCUUCAUUUGGGGCACAGGACUCAAGAAGUACAUCAAAGGACUCACAUAGAAUGUCACAGGACUCACAUAUGAAUAGAAUGUCACAGGACUCACAUAUAAAUAGGAUGUCACUGGACUCACAUAGGAUGUUACAGGACUCAUGUCGUGGUCUUGACUCUGAGCAAUUAAUUAGUUCAUCACAAUUUAUUGAUCUUCCUGAGUCAGAGGACUUGAAUGCGUUUUUAGAAGAUUUUAACCAAUCAGAAAGCAACAGUAACAUGGAUAUUAGGAGCCUUGAUGAAAAAUCCACGAAGAGUGAGAAUGAACAUGAGCAUUGUGAUACUGAGGAGAUAAAUGAAAAGACUGUGGAACAACAGAGCAAAACAUGUGAAGUUACUGGAGUACUUACCGCAAAUGAUAGUUUGAAAUACCAUGAGAAUAAUACAGAUGUGAAAUGCCAUGUAAAGCAUAGAACUAGCAAUGAACAUUCUUCAAGUAAUGAAAAAUCUGAUAAAGAAAAUGAAAAUCUUUUAGAAUGCAAGACUGAAAAUGUGUUGACAUCAUGUUAUAGCAUGGACAUGUUUUCUGGCUCAAGUUCUGAUAUGUUUGCAGAGAGUGAUUUGAGCCUGAAUCCCAAAAAUACGUUAGGCAGUAUUAUACAGUAUGGCACGUCAGGCAAUAAACUAGGUCAAACUGAUGCAUCAAGCAAUGAUCCAAGGCAAGUUGAUCAAUCAAACAAUGAGAUAGAUCAACCUGAUCCACACUGUAACAGUAACCUAGGUGAGACCAACCUCUCCCAAGAUAUGUUCUCUCCAAGUCCUCCAAUAGUAGUUUCCAGACAAUUGGCAAAUCUUUCCAACCACACCCUAAAUCUUGCCAGCACUCCUAAUCUAUUUGACUCCUCAACUGACUUCUCUAAUGGAGAUUCAAAUUCAAGAUCUAGGAAGAAACCAAGUUAUCAUUUGGACAAAAGUUUGGGGGACUUUUCUUUUAUCCCUCCCAGCAAUAAAAAGCAAAAGAUGAAGGGAGUUUUGAAAGAGGACAUUGAAAAUGUUUACAGUCAGGAUUUAUUUUCUGUAACUGAUGAAGAAAUAAGUAAAAAAUUGUUAUUCUAAAUGUGAAUUUAUCAUAUUUACUGACCUGUUAAAUCACAAAUGUCAUAAGUUCUCUGAGAGGGCUGCCUAAAAGUGCAAUAAAUAUCAGAAAAUGAUUUAUUUAUUUGUAUUCAAUUACACUUGGGGUUUCUACAUGUGUAGUAAAACCUGUAUAUCCA